AUGAAGCUUGCUGGUGCUGUGGUGAUCCUCGGGGCUGCCCUGCUCCUCCUGACUUCAGGGGGAGGUUGGUAUUACCAUGUGGGGGUCAAUUGUGGCAUUUGCCCAGCUAUAAAAGAGGAUGUUCGUCUAUUUUUAAAUGGAACCUCAGAAGCGUAUGUUGAGUACGUGAAACAAUACAAAGAUGACCCUGUAGUACUGGAAAAUACUGCAAAAAUAAAGCAAUGUGUCAAUAGCACCUUGACAGAGGAAGACAGGGCACAUGCAACUACUUUCAUAGAAAAGAUAGAAGCCAGCCCACUAUGUUGA